AGCUCUUUGAAGAAAACAGAGAAAUCUUUCCUUUUGUUCCUUUUUUUAAAACAGAGUAUCGCUCCUUCAUUAAAAGUCAGGAUGAAUGCCGUACAGCUGGUGGCUUGUGGACUAAUCAUGAGUCUUGUGUUGGUCAGAACAGAGGCGAGACCCACAACACCGAGCCAGCAUAAGGCUCUGGAAGCUUUGCUUGGAGAAGAGCUGGCAGAUUUCCUGGCUUCAGGUGAACGCAGGAUGCGGCUGCUGAGGGAACUCCGCACGGACACUCGCGCCAAGGGCAUGUGGGCACGCUUCACAAAUGACCAGAACGGCUCACGAAGGCACAAAUCGGGAACUAAGAAAGGAGGAAGCACCACCAGAAGCGGCUGCUUCGGACACAAAAUGGACAGAAUAGGUACCAUCAGUGGCAUGGGCUGCCAACCGGCGUAUUACCCGUCCACAAAUAACCUCUCCUGAGUAUCCGCAGGAUGAUGAGGUUUCGGACAAUGUUGACUGUCUCCUUUUGAGGAAAAGCCUUACAAAUGAAAAAAACAAAAAGAGCUGGAACGGAAGAACGGUACAGAAAUCUGCCAAGAUCGAGCACUAUGGGGAAACAAAUGUAAUCAUCAAAAAUGUAAAAAAAAAAAAAUAAUUCACCCAUUAUCAGUGACAUCACAAGAUGGCGGACGACGGUGUAAAAAAAAAAAAUGUGCGAAGCUGUAUAUUGUCGCUGCUGCUGUACAUUCAUGUACUUCAUUCCUGCAUAAAAUGUAUUUAUGUUUAAAAACUAUUUAUAUGUUUAUAAAAAAGAGAUAUUUAUAAAUGAAUUUUAUUUAUGUAACAUUUUCAAAUGAAUGCAAACUGCAGGCCAAUUCUGUGUAACUUUU